UGAGCCCCGCGGGCACCGCCAUGGACAGCGCCGCGGCCGCCCGGUCCCUCCUCGGCCUCUGCCUGCUGCUUUGCAAAAGCGGGAUAACAUCGGGAAGGGAAACGCUGCUGACCACGCCAAUAACUCCCGAGAUUCAGCGCAAGACAUUUUCUGAGGAUUUUAUUCACCUGAAUGUUCGGAACAAAAAGCUGCGGAAUAGCGUCGGCAUUUCGGUGGCCUAUUUCUGCUCAAAACCCUGCAUCGUAACUUUAGAGGUGAAAGCCUCCUUGGAGUUCAGGAAUACUGUAUCGGUGUACAAGAAACGAUGGGAAGGGGAUCGCGUCCGGAAGAAUCGGACGAUCAGCUUGACUUUCCCAAGUAGUAUGGUCUUCAGAGACGAUUACCUGAUCAAACGAUCGCUAAAUGUAGGGUAUGUGAUCCUCUACGCCUGGAUUACUCACAAGGCGGCCCUGGUCCACCACGCCCCGCAAGCGGAAAGCUACUGGCGCGCCAUUGUACGGGAUUACAGUUUUUUGGAUCCAGUUCCACCUUUUCAACGUCCGUUCAAGGAACAUAAGAUGUGCUUGACCUGGAGCACGGAACAGACGUGGAAACUCCGAGCAAACAGGAUACCGCGGUGUCCCCACGAGAACGACCUGAUGGAGAUCCUCAACUUUCCGUAUGCAUCCAGUGGAGAGGGGACAGGAAUCGUGAAGAAGUUUCAGAAAUUUAAAAACAGAGAGCUUGAAGCCAUCCGGAAAGAUCAUACGAGUUAUCCAACCUUUACAAUCUCGGCCUGGCUUUAUUUGCUGUGCUACUGUGAGAGAUCGUUGUGCGGCAUCCUAUAUUUCAUCGAUUCGAGAGAAAUGUACGGCACCCCUUCUGUAUUUCUAACCAAUACAGGUUAUCUUCACAUCCAAAUGCACCUUGUCAAAGGAGGGGAUCUUGCAGUGAAGACCACGUUCCCCCUUCCUCUAAAGCGGUGGUUUCGACUUGAUCUCUCCAUUAAUGGACAAGAGAUCGAUAUAGCCAUUGUUGGGAAGAAUAUGAAUAUCUUUCAACGCCAACGUUUUAAUUUUCAGCAAGAUUUCUACUACGAUGACACUGACGGGUACUUGGUUUUGGGGGGCAGUGGAUACGUGCCAGGGAUCAAAGGGUAUUUUGGAUCGGUGAAAUAUUACCGUCUUAACAACUUGGAGACCGAAAGGUUUUCUCAUCCAUUCUCCAACAGAGACAUUUCAGAGAGAAUUGAGAUGUACUAUCAGAAACGAGCUAAUAUCCAGAGCGGAGUCGCUAAUCACGGAUUCUCACUGAAAUAUUUUGACGAAAAUCAACAGUGCCCUGUUGACAACUAUUAUUUGGAACUGAGCAACAAGUACAGAAGCUCUCUGAAGUGUGUUGGUUUGGACUGGGAGAAAGGACUAAGAGAAGAUCACAUCAUGCUUGAAGAUAUGAAGGACACCACUCCACGUUCUCCAGAAGUAUCCCAACCCAAGAAGGAGCUAGCAUUCAAAAUUGGACGCAGGUUGUUCGAGGCAGCUGCUCAAAACCUAUCACAAUGGGAUGGUUUGCUCCAUAUCCAUGCCACCAUCUUGGCCCUGAGGGUUUCCAGCCAUUGUGGUUAUUCUAGAGCUUCUUAUGUCCUUGGUGUCAUCUUCGAAAUUGGACUGGGUGUAUCUCCCGACCCACUUCAGGGAUUGCUCUACAGCUUGGUUGCAGCUCAGGAAGGGGACCGGCUGGCUUUGAUGAAUCUUGGCUAUAAGCACUACCGAGGGAUUAAUAAUUAUCCCCAGGAUCUUGAGGUCUCGUAUGCUUACUAUAGUGACGUGGCUCUAAAGACACCCCGUGAUCAACAAUCCGGAGGAGGAGAUCAGGCCUUGGUUGAAGCAAUCAGGCUUCAGGACGGCGACUUAUUAAAAGCCUUGACCAAAGAAAAUGGGGAUAUUUUUAUGUGGUUGAAACAUGAAGCAGUCAGAGGAGAUUCGGCCGCACAGCAACGCCUGGGACAAAUGCUUUUCUGGGGCCAGCAAGGAGUAGAAAAAAAUCUAAAGAAAGCUGUAGAAUGGUAUGCAAAGGGCGCUUUAGAAAACAAAGAUCCCGUUUCUUUAUUCGACUAUUCCAUUGUGUUAUUCAAGGGCCAAGGAGUGAAAAGGAACAGGCGCCUUGCUUUCCAGCUGAUGAAAAAAGCCUCUUCAAAGGGAUUCCCCCAGGCAGUCAACGGCCUUGGCUGGUAUUAUCACAACUUUAAAAGAGAUUAUGUCAAAGCAGCCAAAUACUGGCUAAAAGCCGAAGCUAUGGGUAGCCCAGAGGCCACCUUCAACCUUGGGGUUUUGCAUUUAGAUGGACUGUAUCCAGGAGUCACGGGUAGAAAUCGGACUAUGGCUGCUGGCUAUUUCUAUAAAGCUGCAGAAAAAGGUCAUAUGGAAGGGACUUUACACUGCUCCCAGUUUUACAUUACAGGAAAUCUACCAAGUUUUCCCCGGGAUCCGGAAAAGGCAGUGCUCUGGGCAAAAUACGUGGCAGAAAAGAAUGGCCAUUUAGGCCACGUCAUCCAAAAAGCACUCAAAGCAUACCUCGAAUUGUCUUGGAAUGAAGCUCUACUGUAUUAUAUCCUUUCUGCAGAGACAGGAAUUGAGGUAUCACAGACAAAUUUAGCACAUCUCUGUGAAGAGAAGCCGAACUUGACAAAAAGAUACUUCGCCGCUGACUGCGUUUGGAAGUACUAUAAUUUGUCCGUUUCUCAAAGCAACGCUCCCUCAUUCGUUUACUUGAAAGUAGGAGAUUUUUACUACUAUGGCUAUCAGAACCAGAGCAAGAGCUUGGAUAUGUCAGCCCGUAUGUAUGCACAAGCAGCAUUGAGGGAAGAUGCACAGGGAUUCUUUAAUUUGGCUCUUCUGCUGGAAGAAGGUUAUUCUAUCCCAAGCUACAUUUUAGAUCGUUUAGAAAUUGACAGCAGUGUCCACUCCAGAAAUAUGUCCCUUCGUCAAGAGCUUUAUGAAAGAUGCUGGAAUUACAGCAAUCAAGACUCUGUCAGCCCAUGCAUGUUGGCCUUGCUUUAUCUACGGCUGAGGAUUUUGUCCGACAACAUUUUCCAUUCCAAUCCGAUCUAUUAUUUGGGCUGCUUAGCUCCCUAUUUGUUGGUUGCUUUCAUCCUUUGGCGUUUCUGGUCUCUUGCAGCGGUCACUCAUCCGGAUAAUUCAGCAGUGGCCGAAGGAGGACCUCUUCCUAGAGAUGAAGAGCCAAAUCAGAGGAGAUCAGCAGAACACGGAGCAUCUCCUGGCCCAAAUGGCUUUGAGGAGGAUUCCGUAGACCCCCAACAUUCUUGUUCAAGAAGCUGAAACGCGCGGAAGAGUUGUCUUCAGAAGGGAAAACAAACUUCCUUUCCCAAAGAGGGUCGCAAAAUAGUCCCCUUUUUGUCUUUGGAUUUAUUUGGAGAGCCUGGUGAGGAAGCACGCAUGACUCUACAAGAAGUCAACAGCCUUCAAAAUCAAGAGGAAGUAAAGUGGUGGGGAUGAGUAAGAAGAUGUUUUUUUGCAAGCCAUUUUGAACGUGUUUCUAAUUUACUUUACAGCGUGUGAUUAUUAAAAAGGAUCUGCUGCCAUGAGUUC